UGACUAGACAUUCGGUCAUAAAAACAGAGGAGGGGGCGCUCGCGCCGCUGAAACAAAUCAACGCUUGGAGGCUAAUACCAACAGGGUCUCUGCUUCUCACCCAGGAGCAGGAGAUCCGGGCCGAUGUCCACCACAGAUCCCCCCAUGGGAAGCACACCUCGCCCAGGUCCUUCCCCUGGCCCAGGUCCCUCCCCCGGGGCUAUGCUAGGCCCCAGCCCAGGGCCCUCUCACAGUAUGAUGGGCCCCAGCCCUCCCUCUGGGCACCCCCAGCUGGGGCCCUCUGGAUACGGCCAGGAGAGCAUGCACCCUCUGCACAAACCUAUGGAGAGCAUGCAUGAGAAGAGCCUGAGUGAGGAGAGUCGCUUCAGUCAGAUGAAGGGACUGUCUCUGAGACAGGGCGGGCACAGUGGCAUGGGCCCUCCACCCAGUCCUCUGGACCAACACUCACAAGGUUACCACUCUCCGUUGGGGGGCUCUGACCACUCCAGCCCCGUCCCUUCAAACGGCCCACCCUCUGGACCUCUCAUGCCAUCCUCCUCUUCCUCUUCCUCUUCUGGUUGUCCCGGCUCUGCCUCUACACCUUUAGACGGCCCCGGUGUAGAUCAGCACACUCUGGGUCCCACUAACCGGCCUGGCCCCCCCGGCCCCAGUCCAGGACCCAGCAUUGGCCCCGGUGUCUCUACCCUUGUAUCUGGCCUUGAGUCUGGAGGCCCGACUCCCUUCAACCAGAACCAGCUCCACCAGCUCAGAGCCCAGAUCAUGGCUUAUAAGAUGCUGGCCCGGGGUCAGCCCCUGCCAGAUCACCUCCAGAUGGCUGUCCAAGGGAAGAGGCCGAUGCCUGGGAUGCAGCAGCCAAUGCAAAGCCUGGUUCCUGGAGGGGGAGGCGGGCUGAUAGGGGGACCAACAGGACCCAUACUAGGGCCGGGGAUGAUGGGUUCCGGCUAUGGCCGAGUUCAUGGAAUGAUGGGUCCCAGCAUGCCUCCUCCAGGCCCAUCAGGUAUUCCAGUUGGGAUGCAGAUGCAAAACCCAAACGGACCUCCCAAAUCCUGGCCUGAAGGCCCCCUGGUGAAUGCAGCAGCCCCCUCUAACGCACCCCAGAAGCUAAUUCCCCCUCAGCCCACUGGCCGGCCCUCUCCUGCCCCCCCCUCAGUUCCUCCAGCUGCCUCUCCAGUAAUGCCUCCACACACCCAGUCCCCCGGCCAGCCGGCACAGCCCACUCCCACUCCCAUGAUGCCUUUCCACACCAAGCAGAACCGCAUCACCCCCAUCCAGAAACCCUGCGGCCUCGACCCAGUGGAGAUUCUGCAGGAGAGGGAGUUCAGGUUACAGGCUCGGAUCACUCAUCGUAUUGCUGAGCUGGAGAACCUGCCAGGCUCUCUGGCUGGUGACCUGCGUACAAAAGCUACUAUAGAGCUCAAAGCCCUCCGACUGCUUAACUUCCAGAGACAGUUGCGUCAAGAGGUGGUGGUGUGCAUGCACCGGGACACAGCUCUAGAGACGGCCCUCGAUGCCAAGGCCUACAAGCGAAGCAAGCAUCAGACUCUGCGAGAGGCGCGCAUCACAGAGAAACUGGAGAAGCAGCAGAAGAUUGAGCAAGAGCGCAAACGAAGGCAGAAACAUCAGGAGUACCUGAACAGCAUCCUGCAGCACGCCAAAGACUUCAAAGAGUACCACCGCUCCAUCACAGGCAAAAUGCAGAAGCUGACAAAAGCAGUGGCCACCUACCACGCCAACACUGAGCGGGAGCAGAAGAAAGAGAACGAGCGUAUUGAGAAAGAGAGGAUGAGGAGGCUCAUGGCCGAGGAUGAGGAGGGCUAUCGUAAACUGAUCGACCAGAAGAAGGAUAAGCGCCUGGCCUACCUGCUGCAGCAGACUGACGAGUACGUGGCCAACCUCACCGAUCUGGUCCGAGCUCACAAAGCUGCGCAGGCCCUCAAGGAGAAAAAGAAGAAGAAGAAGAAGAAAAAGAAGAAGUUGGAGAGUGCUGAGGGUCAGACUCCUGCCAUGGGUCCUGAUGGAGAGCCUCUGGAUGAGACGAGUCAGAUGAGUGACCUUCCGGUGAAGGUCAUCCAUGUGGACAGCGGGAAGAUCCUGACAGGAGUGGACGCUCCUAGAGCCGGACAGCUGGAGACCUGGCUGGAGAUGAACCCUGGUUAUGAGGUGGCUCCUCGCUCAGACAGUGAAGACAGCGAGGAGGAGGAAGAGGAGGAGGAGGAAGAGGAGGAGCCUCAGCCGCCAGCUAAUCAGGUGGAGGAGAAGAAGAAGAUUGCAGAUCCCGACUGCGAGGACGUGUCAGAGGUGGACGUCCAACACAUCAUCGAAAAUGCUAAACAGGACGUGGAUGAUGAAUAUAGCGAAGCAGCGUUCGCCCGAAGCCUCCAGUCGUAUUACGCUGUUGCUCACGCUGUCACGGAGAAGGUGGACAAACAGUCCACUUUUUUAAUAAAUGGACAACUCAAACAGUAUCAGGUUAAAGGUUUGGAGUGGCUGGUUUCCCUCUACAACAAUAACCUGAACGGGAUCCUGGCUGAUGAGAUGGGCCUGGGGAAAACCAUCCAGACUAUCGCUCUCAUCACAUACCUCAUGGAGCACAAGCGGCUCAACGGCGCCUACCUCAUCAUCGUACCACUCUCAACUCUUUCUAACUGGGUGUAUGAGUUUGACAAAUGGGCACCGACAGUCGUGAAAGUGUCCUACAAGGGGUCUCCUGCUGCAAGAAGAGCCUUUGUGCCUCAACUGCGCAGUGGAAAGUUUAACGUUUUACUCACCACUUACGAGUACAUCAUCAAGGAUAAACAAGUGCUGGCCAAGAUUCGUUGGAAGUACAUGAUUGUGGACGAGGGCCACCGGAUGAAGAACCACCACUGUAAGCUGACUCAGGUUCUGAACACACACUACCUGGCCCCGCGCCGUGUACUGCUCACAGGAACGCCGCUGCAGAACAAACUACCCGAGCUCUGGGCUCUGCUCAACUUCCUGCUGCCCACCAUAUUCAAGAGCUGCAUCACCUUUGAGCAGUGGUUCAACGCCCCUUUCGCUAUGACAGGAGAGAAGGUUGAUCUUAAUGAAGAGGAGACCAUCUUGAUUAUCCGUCGUCUCCACAAAGUGCUUCGCCCCUUCCUCUUGCGUAGAUUGAAGAAGGAGGUGGAGGCCCAGCUUCCAGAGAAGGUGGAGUACGUGAUAAAGUGUGACAUGUCGUCUCUUCAGAGAGUGCUCUACAGGCACAUGCAAGCCAAGGGGGUCCUGCUCACUGACGGAUCAGAAAAGGACAAGAAGGUGAGCACAUAAACACUC